AUGACAUUAGACUGUCAUCAUCAUUAUUGUGAUGGGCCGCUGCCAGCAUUUUCUAAAUUGACCGCUAUCCUUUCAAUGAUCGUCUCUUCUUUCCCCAAAAAUUCCAGCAUGGCUUUGGACCAUCUAUCUUCCACUCCAGGCGACCUUCUACUCGAAAUCGCUUCCCAUCUCGACUGCAGACUUGACCUGUUCAACCUGUGCUUGAGUUCUAGUCGAAUUUUUACAAAUGUUUCGUCUGUCCUCUACACCGAGGUCGUCUUGAACAGCGUCGACCAAUGUGUGGCUACCCUGGCAAUGCUCCGUCGCCGGCCCGACGUUGCACGUCAUGUUCGCAAGCUCGUCGUGCGACCCCGCAGGAAGAGCUUUUACGGAUUCAGCUUCAAGGACAGCGCCCUCAUUUCCGCUGCGGUCCGUGAUGUCGUCUCAUGCCAGCGGCUGGACGCACUCACGACAUUCUGUUGGGAGGACGAAGAGCUCCCAUACCAUGAUGACAUGUGGUUUGCCCUACGAAUUUGUUCGCAGUUGAAAUACAUCAAGGCGUCGAUAGGUUCCUUCCUCCCAAAUACCAACGCUCAUGUUUUCGAUUUCUCGAAUCUUCGUGGAUUUUCUCUCACUUUAACUCGUUCCUUCUACGAAUUCCGAGCGGAUGGUUUUAUAAUCGACGAAACACACCCGUUAGCAAGUAGACUCUGGGAUAUGCUUAUCAAACGGAGCCCAGACUUAGAGGAGCUGGAGAUCGAAGGUUCUUCCCCAUUCCCCGUUGACGUGCAUAGGCUUCUUGAUGGUCAUUGGCCUAAGUUGCGAAAGCUUUCCCUCGGAGACGUAGUCUUGGACUGGUCUCUGCCAUCGACACCAGAUGGCAAGCGUCCUUUCAUAUGUUUCCUCGAGGAACAUCCUGACCUUCAGAGACUGAAACUCUCUAAACACAACAUUCAUUCCGCUCAUCUGUCUACUCUUGAUGCUCCUAACUUGAAGCUUCUAUCAUUCUCUGGGACCAUGCAACAGCUCCAGGCCCUCCCUGAUAUCCAUUAUUCAUCCAUUCAAUCGGUCACGUUUACAGAACCCAUGCAUACGCGAGAGAUAACGGCUGUCGCCAUUGCUUCGGUUCUGCACAACCUGACGUCUUUGCUGAACCUCAAAGUUGCCUUCCAUCUUCACUCGAUGUAUGAUAGCGGAAAUCUUCUUCGUUCCCUCGUAGCGUCAUGUCCACGCCUCGAACAUCUCCAACUUACAUGCACCCAAAAACCCUCUUUCCAACUAGAUUCAUUCUCUAAAGCCAUCAAAGGAUUCCUUCGUCUCCGUAGCCUUGAUCUGGCUAUUGUGCGAUACCCCGGAGAUGAUACCCUGUCUACCGGUGCCGAACGCAUCGCCAUGUCAAAUCCCCGCCUCAAAUCGUUCACACUUACAUUCCUUCCUCUACCAUACCCUCUCCAACUCCCAUUUUCUUUUCCUCUUCUCCCAUUUGCUGGACAGUCUACUGCUCGUGGAUCGUUCCAUCUUACCUGUGAUCAGCAUGGACUGCCACUCAGCCUUCGUGCACGAGAACGGCGAAGGCUAGUAUGGCCAUGGGGAAUGGGAUAUAGCAUUCGCACACGGCAAUACACAAGCGACCUCAGACCAUCAGGCUUCCCUGGAAAGAGGAAGCAGGGUAUGGAAGGGUUCCUCGGGUUGAUCACAGAGAAUUCGUCUGCCGGCGAGGAGAUGCGGAUGAUAUUAUUCUGUGGAUUCCUGGUUUGCCUUGCACUUUGGGGCUUUCUGGCAAGCACAAGGGGUCAUGAAACUAACAUUGGGAGUAUACACGUAUUGUAGGUAUAAUUAGACUGAAUUUCUUCCUCAAGUUUUUGUCUUCGGAGUGUUACAUAUGGAAAGUUAGUAUUAUCUGGAUCGCCUUCUUAAUAAUUCGUAGUCAAUCCUCAGAUCACGGUGGUCUUAACUGCAGGAAUUCCCAUCAUGCUACACAUCGAGCUUGUGAUGUCGUGGUCGUGAUGACGCCGCCUUAUCGUACUAACAUACAGAUGAGCUGCACCCCGUGCGCGUCAAAAAGUAGAUCGGAGUGAGUCGGUCUGCGGGGCAUUUUUUUUUAGUGUCGGAGUCAGAAACA